AAAACCCGAAGUAGUGUACACCUCAAAGCGGCGGCCUCCAAGAUGCCGCCGCCUAACGCCGGCCGUCUCUCCGACCUCGUUCGGCGCUGCGCCGCCGCCAAGGAUCUAAUCGCCGGCGGGAAGCUCCACGCACAGGCUCUCGUCGGUGGCCACCUACCCCAAGCCACCCUCGAGACGGACCUGGUCCUGCUCUAUUGUCGCUGCGCUGCCCUCUCCAGCGCCCGCAAGGUGUUCGACGCGAUGCGUUCUCCGUCCAUGCACGCGUACAACAUCCUCCUGGCCGCCUCCCCGCCCCUCUUAGCUCUUGAACUACUCUCGGGCCUCCUCGACGCCGGUUUCCGCCCUGACUGCUAUGCUGUCCCUGCGGCGCUCCGGGCGUGCGCCGAGCUCCAGGACCCACUUCUUGGCGCCGCACUCCACGGAUUUACCGUCCAAUUAGGGUUCCUCUCCAAUGUUGUUGUCUCCAGCGCACUUCUUGACAUGUACGCCAAGGCUGGUCUCCUGGUCAAUGCUGCGAGGGUGUUCGACGAGAUGCCAGAAAGAGACUCUGUUGUGUGGAAUUGCAUGCUAACUGCUUAUGCAAGGGCUGGAAUGGCAGCCAAAACCCUUGAGCUCUUCAGAAGGGCUCAAGUGGAGGCGGUGAACAUGGCGAGCGAUCUGCGGGCCGUGCCGAGCGUGCUAAAUGUCUGCGGAAAGGAAGGAGAGAUGAUGAAGGGGAGAGAAAUACAUGGUAGGAUGGUGCGAAGCCUUGCAUUCGACUUGGAUGUCCCAAUUGGGAACGCGUUGAUCGACAUGUAUGCAAAGUGCGGGCAAGUGGACGCGUCACAAGCAGUGUUUGCAGGCAUGCAGGAGAGGAAUGUGGUGACCUGGUCGACACUGAUAUCUUGCUAUGGUGUCCAUGGGAAGGGAAAAGAGGCAUUGCGUGUGUACAAGGAGAUGUUAUCUCAGAGACUGAAGCCGAACUGUAUCACCUUCACAUCUGUCCUUUCAAGUUGCAGCCAUUCAGGGCUCGUGACUGAUGGCCGGAUGAUCUUUGAGUCAAUGAGGAAGGUUCAUGGUGUAGAGCCCACUGCUGAGCACUAUGCGUGUAUGGUGGACCUCUUGGGGCGUGCUGGAGCCAUUGAAGAAGCUAUCGGGCUUAUAAAGAAGAUGCCUAUGGAACCUUGUGCUACUGCAUGGGGAGCUCUACUCGCUGCUUGUGCCAUGCAUAAUAAUGUCGAUGUUGGAGAGAUUGCGGCAUAUAGGCUGUUUGAGUUAGAAAAAGGCAAUGUCAGUAACUAUAUCACUCUCUCUGGAAUUUAUGGUGCAGUUGGUCAGUCUGAUGGUGCUGCAGGAUUAAGAUUAAGGAUGAAGGAACUUGGCAUGGUCAAGACGCCUGGUUGCAGCUGGGUUGAUGUGAAGGGAAGAGCUCAUGCCUUUUACCAAGGGAGCAUCCCGAGUUAUUUGAGGAGACAAAUGCUUUGGAUUUUAGAUCGGUUACGUAAGGAUAUGGGCAAUUGAGAAUCUGAAUAUGAGCAUGCUGACCAGUAGUACAGGCCGACUUAGCACUGAAGUUGGUAUGGUUAAGUCAUCUACUACCGCAGUCAGAUAUUGGUUUGAGGAUAAAGCAGUAACCAGCCUUAAUUGUUACCAUGAGUUCACAUGAGCAAUUAUUUUAAUUAACGAAGGAGUUCUGGUAAAUGUGGACGCUUGUGGCUUUGAAUAUUUUUGUGGUGAAUAUCUGAACCAUGAUACUGUGAAGAUGAAGCGGUGAUUGGGUGAGAAUGCUGCUGGUUCUUCGGUUUGAGGCUACGACUGUCUGCUCUUAAGUGACUUCCACAGUUGUACUGGUGUACCACAUCCACAUGUCUGAUCGGAUUGUAUAACACAUGAGUCACAUGUUCUGAAUUGCGGCAAAAGCAGUUGCGUGCAAAUUUGUUAACGGCGGUAAGCUGGAUGCAAGAAAAAUUGCAACUGAAAAGAACGAGCAUUAUGUUCUUCAGUCAUCUGCUUUGAAGCUGACAAAGCAAAUCUGAACUGAAGUGAUACAAAAUUUCAUGGCAGAAUAUGUGGACAUCACAAAGAGAAUCAUUAGGCCCAUAGACAGUACCAAGAAAGAAUUUGCUUGGGGGCAAAGCGAUGAAGGCAGUGACCAACUGGCCAUUUUAAUCAAGCCUGUAACCUCCAGAAAGGGAUUGGUACAGUAACCAUGGUUUUUUGUGCCUGGUUGCAUGAUUAUAAUCAGAUUUGUAAGCUAAUCAGUGGUACUUUUGCUUAGACCCUUUAUCUGUAAUUAAGUUCAGUCUUCUGAACAAUUUCUUUUA